AGUUUUGUAUUUUCCUCAGUUCACUCACUUCAACGGAAACCCAAAAUCAGAAAUCCCCAAAUCGGAGAGAAGAAGCGAUCGGCGAGUGAUGGCGGUGGACGGUGACGGAACUGAUGGAGGUGGAGAUACUCAACCACCGGUGAACUUUGCGGCGGAGGAGGAGACGGAGAUGCCUAGGCUGUGGCUGAGUGAGUUUCCUAACAACGAGCACGUUUCUGAUAACUACGAAGAUCUGGAUUUGGAAUAUAGCUCAAUCGUAUUAAGAUCGUUAGAGAAGUACUUACCGAUUGAAAUGCUCAAGGCGGAGAGAAUAGUGAAGUACUUAUUCAUGUCAGAUAUUUUGGAGAAGUACAUUACCUGGGGAGAUCUUACCAUGGCUAAAAAUCGCAAGGAAUAUAGGCAGAACAUAAAAUCCAAUUAUCAGCCACGUUUCAGGGAGUUGUAUGAUUUUGAUCCCAAGGUGUUUUUGCUUUACUCUUUCCGGAAUGCGAUCAGUGAAAACACAGAGGAAAGCUUCAGACGCAUCAUUUCUGAGCCGUUUCCUGGUGUUUUCGUCUUUCAAAUGUUUCAGCCUGACUUCAUUCAGAGAUUGCUAAAAGAGGUAGAUAACUUCAGAAUAUGGACAUUUAGGACAAAUUUAAAGAUCAGGAAACCAACCUACAAGACUAUACACGGUGUUGUGCUUGACGACUUUGGGCUGAGUAUCAUGCUUAACAAACUCAUGCAGGAUUUUAUAUUUCCUCUUUGCAAAGUAUUCUUCCCUGACGUGUGUGGAGAAAUGUUUGACUCUCACCACGGAUUUGUUGUUGAAUAUGGUGAAAAUAGGAAUGUUGCUGAGUUAGGCUGUCAGAUAGAUGAUUCAGAGAUAACAUUGAAUGUUUGUUUGAGUAAACAAUUUGAGGGAGGGGAAUUAUGUUUCCGAGGCAAACGAUGCAAGAAACAUGCGAGAGCAGAUGCACAUCCAGAGGAAAUCUUUGAUUACCGUCAAAUACCUGGUCAAGCUAUACUUUACCGUGGCUGCCACCGCACUGGUGCCAGAGCCACAACAUCUGGUUCUCGGGUCAAUAUGAGUCUUUGGUGCAAAAGCUCAUUUUUUAGAGAGAUGGAAACGUAUCAGAAGGACUUCUCAGACAGGUGCGGUCAAUGUGCCCAUGAAACAAAAGAAAAGGAAAGCCAGAUUCUUGCUUCCAAAACAAAGGAGAUGAUUAGAAUAGAGAGUGGAGCCAAAAGCUCGACUGAUAAGCCGUGGCGUGUCUACGUUAGGCGUUCAAAGAAAUGAAGUAGCCGAGUGUGAAGAUAAAAGAAGUGAGAAGCUGUAUAAAGAAGAGUGGAAGGUGAGUAAAAGAGUAGAACAGAGAUAGCUGAGUUGGCAAAAAGAGGAGAUAGAUAGAUACAGUACAAGUGAAUGUAUAGAUGAUUGGUGAUACUGUAUAGAGUUGAGUCGAGUCAGUUAGAGAACUCACAGAGUCACAGGUAGAGAAGUGUAAAGAGUCUGGCUCUCGUCAAACCAGUGCAGUACGAAGUUGUAUUUUCGUGAAUCCGGCGACACUUUGGACGGAAAAGCAUACAAUUGGUAAUUGGUAUAUUACACAGCAUAUAAAAUUGGUAAUCAAUCGGUUAAGCCCUGAAGUGUAUUUGGUUUUCCGUUUGACUCCUUACUUACAAAACCGAGUAUAUGUAGAUUCAUUUAGAGGUAAAAUAGGUCUUUGUAUUCAUACAAAAAAAAAAAAUAGGUCUUUGUAUCUUGA